CCGCCUGGUGGACGAUGGGCGGGUCUGAGACUCUGACCGAGGCUGUGUAGAUCCGACCGCAGAAGAUGGAGGCGCCUGAACCCCAACAGACCAUCAGCCUGAACGGAACACAGCUCAACCACUCGCUGGAACAUGGCGUCCACGUGCACCCUCCUCCCAGCAUGCAGCUGGGCACCAUGUCCAACCCACAGUCUCGUCUGCGGGACGCCAUGGGCCUGACAGCCAUGGUGACACUAAACACCAUCGCUCUCCUGGCUAACCUGGUUGUGCUGGUCGUUGUGCUGAAGACGUCUCACCUGCGGAAGUACAGCUUCGUGUGGCACCUGUGUGGCGUGGACGUGCUCUGUGCCGCGCUCCUGAUGCCCCUUGCGAUCGUCUGUGGCUCGCCGAUAUUCGCUGGCGUCCUCUUCUCGCCUCUGGAGUGCCGUCUCUACGUCUUUCUCAACGCCUUCCUGAUCUCGGCCUGCAUCUUCACUGUGACGGCGAUCAGCGUGGAGCGCUACUACUACAUUGUCCACCCCAUGCGCUACGAGGCCAACAUGACCCCGCGCAUCGCUGCCGCAAUGAUGGUUCUGGUCUGGUUGGCGUCCGCUGUCCUUGGAUUGGCGACUGUGUUCGGCUGGCCCGGUUAUCGGCACCACAGCGCUAUUGCCGCCGCACAUUGCUCCCUGCACUGGAGUCACAGCGGGCAUCGGCGCGUUUUCGCCAUUAUCUUCUGUGUGCUGUGCUUCUGUGUGCCAGCCGCCAUCAUUCUAGCCGUAUACGCCAACGUCUACAAGGUGGCGCACAUGGCCGCGCGGCACAGGGGGCCUCUGCCCAGCUGGGUGCCCACGACGCCUCAUCCGAAGCGGCGAUCCGACUCUGUCAACAGCCAGACCACCAUAAUCACCAGCAGCUCCAGCACCAGGAGAGGGACUGGGACGCAGGUUGCCCGCAGGCCCAGGCGGGUACUGGUGGGCGGUAAAGCGGCGCUCACUCUGGCCGUCAUCGUGGGGCAGUUCGUCCUCUGUUGGCUGCCGUAUUUUGCCUUUCACUUGCACUUGUCGCUGAGCGCCACACAAAGUACGGCGGACGAGGCCGAGGGCCCGGUCACAUGGCUGGCGUACUCCUCGUUCGCGGCGAAUCCAUUCUUCUACGGAUUACUGAACCGGCAGAUCCGUGAGGAAGUGUGUAAGACGAUGUGCUGCUGCUGCCGCUCGCCAACCAGACCAGCAAGACCCGCACCGUCCAGGCACAACGCUUCGGCCCACGAGGACUUCCUGCACUUCCUGAAGCACAGCAGCUCAGUGGACGCGACCCACAGCAGCUACAACACCGGGACGCCCAGACACACACUGGACCAGACCGGGGUCAGGAUACCGGGACAGAUUCCUGAGGAGCUCACUUAGUUUAUUAUUCCUCAAAUCAGAAGAUUCUAAUCAGGUCAGAAUCAGUACAUGAAAUACAGUC